ACGUCUCCAACUUGGAGCUGUCCCGCCCGCAUGUACACGCCGUGUCAAGGUUCCCUCUUCAACUCACAGCAAUCAUGAGGUGGCUAUUUUCAUUUCUAGCGCUUGUGCUAACAGUUGCGGUGCAGGCCAAAAGUUUCCUGGGACCCAGACUUUUGGUCGUACUCGAAGAGCAGAGUGAGAAGGAGAAGUACAGUGUGCUGUUGGGUGAUCUAAAUGGUAAGUGGUCAAUUGUCUGCAAACGAAUCCAAUUAGCGAUCGUAUGGCCCGAAAGAAGGGAUAUAAUGGUGUACACAUUGAAUUGGGACCCCCAAUUGCUGCUACUUGGGAUAAUCAAGCUGAAGCGGGAUGGGUGGUCUUUAGAGCAUCUACUGACAUUAUUCGCAAUAGAUCGUGGCUUUCAAACUACCGUCGAAUCGCCCAAAGCCGAUAAGCUCUCUCUGUUCAGACAUGGCGAACGAGCCUACGACCACGUAAUCCUUCUUCCCGGAAAGUCAAAAGGUCUCGGACCUGCUCUGACUGCCAACCAAUUCCUCGAGUUCAUGAAGAGCGAUGGCAAUGUCAUUGUUGCGUUGUCUAGCAGCAACAUAGUGCCUUCUUCUGUUCAGUCGCUUCUCCUCGAACUCGACAUCCACACUCCGUCCGACAAGGGCGCAUUGGUGGUGGACCACUUCAACUAUGAUAGUGUGUCCGCAGCGGAUAAGCACGACGUGCUUUUGCUACCCUUCCCGGACGCACCUAGACGAGACGUCAGGAACUUCUUCGCUGGCGAAGGUAUUCUUGCUGCUCCUAAACCCGUUGGCCAGGUCCUCGGAAAUAACUCUCCUCUUCUUGCUCCUAUCCUUCGUGCACCGAGCACUGCGUACAGCUACAACCCUAAGGACGAGGCGGAUAUCGUUGAAGAUCCAUUCGCUACUGGCGCGCAAUUGAACAUUGUCUCGUCUCUGCAAUCUCACAACUCUGCGCGCUUCACCGUUGUUGGCUCAGCUGAGAUGCUUCAAGAUCAAUGGUUUUUGGCAGAUGCUAAGUUGAACGGCAAGGCUGUGAAGACCGCAAACCGGGAGUUUGCCAAGAAGGUGACUGAAUGGACCUUCAAGGAGACCGGUGUGCUUCAAGUUGGGAAGCUCCUUCAUUAUCAGAAUGAGGGCCAGAACAAGAAGCUCAACACCAGCACUGCGGUUCCAGAAAACAACCCCACCAUCUACCGCAUCAAAGAGGAUGUUGCUUUCCAAGUCGAAAUCUCGGAAUACCAGAACGACCACCUCGUUCCCUUCUUCCCGGCUUCUGAUGAUUCCGUUCAACUCGAAUUCAGCAUGCUUUCCCCUUUCCACCGCUUAAACCUUUCUCCUAUUGGACAGACCGCAAACUCGACUAUCUUCGGCGUCUCUUUCAAGACACCUGAUCAGCACGGUAUCUUCAACUUCCGCAUCAACUAUCGCCGACCUUUCCUCACCAACAUCGACGAGAAGAGGCAGGUCACCGUGCGCCACUUCGCGCACGAUGAGUGGCCGAGGAGUUGGCAGAUCAACGGAGCGUGGCCCUGGAUUGGAGGUAUCUGGGUCACCGUUGGUGGUUUCGUGGCCUUUGUAGCGGUGUGGUUGUAUAGUGCGCCAACGGAGAAGAGUGUCAAGAAGACACAGUAA